GACGCUUUAGUGCCUUCAGAAACCGCGUGUUUCGACAGUUCCCCUGGUAGAAGAAGAGGCAGCGCGUUUGAUAUAGUAAAGAGCCAAAAUACCAAGAUCAAAGCAAUCUCGAUGAGCUUUUGGUAG